CAGUCUGACUUAAGAAGUCAGUUUCAAGUCGCAUGUGGUGCAGUAAGCAGUGUUAUUUUAGUGUAGAACUAAAAAUAAAAUUAAUAUUGACCACAUGAAAAAUAUUGAGUGCGUGAUUUCUUAUCUGAAUUUAUCGCCUGUUUCGAGUGCUAUCGCUACAAGAUGGCAUCGCUAGCGAUUCGCGAGGCACCUGCACCACCUCCGAUGUCGGCCGUAGAGAUUCAACAGGAGUAUUUCGAAGCUGUAGGGAGCGUGGACUGGGAACUUUAUGAAAAAAAAGAUCGAAAAUAUUUACUUCAAAAAAUUGCCGUAGCGCUGUGUGGUCCGCCGACCAAAGAAGGAAACCUGACUACUGAUGGCCACCUGAAACUUCAAGGCUAUGAACUUCGCGACGAGGAAAGCAUCAUGAAAGUGUUCCAGAAGAUAUGUGAACAAGCAAAAUAUUCAUACAAUGGCGACAAUAUUCUCAUUUCAAUAUUGAGAAUAGUAUGCGUAGUUCCCAAGGAAGAAGUGCCGUUUUACCUUCCAACACCCUCGGACUAUUGGGUUGAUUUGCAUGGAAAAAGGGAGGAAGUUCACACAUACAUUUUUCACGUUUUUUCUUUGAGGCAGUGCAUUUCUAUGAAGCCUGGAGUAAAGAGUUGUCGAGUGUACAUAGAUCACGACGCACGAGUCUAUAAAAACUGGGAAGAUUACUUAUCUGAAAACACUUUGCCGAAAUCUGUCCUCGUGGUUCCAGAAAAUGGCGAGUACAAAGGCAGAGUAAGUUUAAGUAAAUGUAUACAGGGUGGAAACGAUAAGUGACCCCACUCUUAUUAUUAUAUCUAUAGCUAUACAAGAUAAACGUAAACGAACUAAAGUCGCUGACAAAGCCCGAUGGAUUAGCAAGCUGAAAUGGCAAUAGGCAGGGCACAUAGUUCGCAGAACUGAUAGCCGAUGGGGCAGCAAGGUUCUGGAGUGGCCGCGUACCGGAAAACGCAGCGUGGUACUUCCACCCACAAGGUGAACCGACGACAUUGUAAAGGUAGCAGGAAGGCGCUGGACG